CUGUGGCGUACAAAUCCCAAUGUCCUCAAACCAACCUGAUCAUUUCUGGUUUUUUCAAGGUUUUCUGAAUUUAGAAAGCCAAUGUUCUAGUGAAUUUGUGUGUUACCAGUUAUCAUAACUUGAGUCUUGUGCGCUCUUCUUUAAAUCUCAGCUUCUUACUAUGGCGUUAAAUCUUAGUUUCUAUCACAGUAAUUACCAUAAGUUCCUAGCCCCUGUGAUUUCAGAAAAAAAGAUAACUUGAAGGCAGAGAAACCAGAAAACAAGCAAAAGAGAUCCCACAUUUAACCAUUUUCUUAAAGGAAAAAGAAACCCAACAAAAAACACCUGUGCUUUUUAAGACUCUUCUGAGCACAUGACACAAUUUCUGACUGCUUGGGUUGUCAUGUAACAGCACAACAUAGUGUGCCACUCAAAAGUGCAGGUCUGCUCUGUUUAACGCAACUGGUUUAUGUAAAGACAUAUAUAUACAGGAGGGCUACUUUCUCCCACUGGAGUCAGUCAAAUGCCUCACAAUCUAAAUCAGCCAGGACUUCACGAACAUUUGAGGGAUUCUCCAUGAGAAGCACAGAGAAUCACAGAGAAUGCUGAGAAACCUCUUUUUUCAGAGUUUGUAAUGGCUGAAUUACAUUCACUGAGGUAAUUAUAUCCUUAUACAUUCCAUGAAAAAUACUCACUAAUGCCCUACUGAUAGAAGGCAGUUGUGUAUUACUAGUUCUUUAUUAGACAUCAGAAUAUCUACACAAGAGAGAGUGCCCACCUAAAUAUCCCUUGGUCCAGCAACCAGUUGUUUAAUAGCAGCUGGCUCUUCUACCAGGUACCUGCUGCACAGGAGCACAUAACCUGAGCACUGGCACAGUGCAUCUGUGUGCACCCAGAUUGCACCGGAGGGAUUAAUUUGCUGUCCAUGCAAUCCGGAGUUGGUCUUUGCAUGUGGAGACAUACACAGAUGGGAUCUAUCUGCCCAGGGCUCGAGCACACUCCAGUAAGCAAUCUGCUUAAAGCUUCGAGAAUCCUGAAGAUGUGCCUGGUCUGUGAACAUGUGGGUGGAGGGAAGCAGAAGGAGAAAAUUAAUUUAUCUGCAGAAGAGAGGAAGGAUGAUGAAGACCAGUAGUAGAGGUUUCAAAUCAGUAUGCACUGACAAAGCUGUAAUGAAUUCAGUCGUUUAAAAAACGAGAAUUUUCAUUCAAUUUAUGCAAUGCUGAAGAGGCUCUCUGUAAGGUAAGCCACAGCUGCAGCAAUAAUGAUACUGCAAAUGAAAGAUGAAGGAAAUCAGUUUUUUAAGAGAAGCGAGCAUUGCAGAUAACAAUGGCUCAAGAGCCAUGCAGGCUGCACAGUCAGAAGGAGAAGGAACAAACCACUCUCUGGAGACCAGGACUGUGGCCGAUAAGGAAGCCUGUGCGGAGAUGGGAAUAUGACACACUGGAAAUAUGUCCUCUAAGUUUCCAAUACAUUCACAGAGCUGGGUGUGGGUAGUCCGGGGCUAGGGGAACUGGAGGGGCUGCAGGGCAGGAGGGGGGCCGUGGCAGAGCAGUGGAAAGCCUGGGACUGCUACAGAACAACUAACUACAAGGCAUAAUAGAGAUGGUAGUUUUAAAUGUUUUCCCCUAAAUAUUUUCGUGAGAGGAUUACUCUCAACAGAAAACAAUCAUAAAUGGACAAAGAAAGUACAAACCUCCAAGCCUCAGAAAAGUUGAGCCUGCCCCAAAAAGCAAUUUAUACAAAAUGUUUUGAGUAAAGAUAAAGAAUGUGGCACAUGAAUUCACCGUUCUCUGAUUUUUUCUGAGCUGGUACAAUCUCGAAUCUCUGCAAACUAGCAAUAUCCUGUCCCAAAAAGUUCAGAAUCUUGAAAACUGCCUUCCCUUCCCCCAAAAUAAAAGCAAAACCCAAACCUGGUUUGCUUAUAGGCAAACGCAAAAUGAAGAUAAAAUCAGUAAAGCUAAAACUGAUACAAAAAAAAAGAAGCAAGUGUUUAUUCUGAAGACAGGUUUUUGACUAAUCAAGAGACUCCUGUUGCUAGUCCACUGCCUGUGCGAUUGGCUAAAAGCAUACAAAUCACCCCCCCAAAACCACUUUUCUCCUCCCUCUCUCCACUCCUUCCUGCUCACUUGCUUUAACGUUCUUAAAGAAGACCUUGAGGGGAAGGGUAGGGGGAUCUCAGAGUCUUCCUCAGAGCAGGGAUGAGGACAGCUUGGCCAGAAAUGGAACUCACCCAGCUUUCGCCUGUGACUUCAGUCACUUUCAGCUAUGACUACUACUACGAUGACAACUGCCAGUAUCAGCACCUGGAACAUAUGUCUACUUUCCUCCCUAUCCUUUACACUGCUGUGUUCCUGGUGGGCAUUGUUGGCAACUCCAUCUUGAUACUAGCCUUGGUCUUCAAGCAACGGAUCCAGAGGCUGAUCGACGUCUUUAUCAUCAACCUCGCUGCAUCUGACUUCAUCUUCCUCAUCACGCUGCCAUUCUGGGUGGACAAGGAGGCAUCGGACGGGAACUGGAGGGUAGGAUCUUUCCUGUGUAAAGCUAGUUCCUAUGUCAUCUCAGUCAACAUGUACUGCAGCAUCCUCCUCCUCACUUGUAUGAGCGCUGACCGAUACCUUGCUAUCAUGCAUCCCUCUAUUGCUAGACGGGUCAGAACAAGAUCUUAUUCCAGUGGACUCUGCAUCUGUGUCUGGUUAUUAUCCUGCUGCUUAGGGAUGCCAACUCUUUUGUCCAGAGAACUGAAGAAGCACCAUGGAAAGACUUACUGCACAGACAAAGCCAUAACAGAAGCCAAACAGAUCAUGUCACUGAUGCUUUUAAUCCUGGCCUUCUUCUUUCCACUGUUGAGUAUCUUAACCUUUUACUGCUCCAUCACCAAGAGACUCUGUGUGCAUUAUCAGAGAGCUGGGAAACAUGAUAAGAAACUGAGAAAAUCCAUCAAGAUAGUCUUCAUUGUAGUGGCAGCUUUUGUUAUAUCCUGGGUUCCCUUCAAUCUUUUCAAGCUCAUGGCCAUCCUUUUGGGACUCCUGAAGCAGCCUGACUGUUUUCUUGACAUGGUUGCCCAGCUGGGCAUGAAGGUGAGCAGCCCUUUCGCUUUUGCCAAUAGCUGUGCCAACCCUUUCAUUUACUAUUGCUUUGACAACUACAUCCGCAGAGCCAUGCUCCGGUGCCUGUGCCCCGGGGUGAAAAUCAGCAGUAGCAGCAACAACUCUGAUACUCUGGACACUCGUCUGAGCCACUCCUUAUCCAAUUUUGGUGUGGGGGAGUAUGCCAGUAGGAAGAGGAAGCGCUCUGUGUCCCUCUAACUAGGACCCAGAACUGCAGAGGAAGGAAUCUCUCCAAAGAUGGCAGGAAAAAAAAAUAAAGACACUGAAAAGAAGCAACAAGAGACAGAGGUGCAAGUGCAGCCAGCACUUCAGGUGGGAGGAACGCUACUUCCCUUUAAAUGCAGAUAGAUGGAAUAGGAAACCUUAACCACAGAAUUAAGGUUCACAAUGAUCGCUGUGUCACUGCAUGAUGUAAAUCUGAAACCAUUGCACGGAGAAAGAUCCACAAAUGCUUACACCAGAACCCAGUCGAAGUGCUACAAACUACAGAGAAGAAUCAUGUGAUUCAGUCAAAGUUGCGUCCAGACAACCUUUGAACCUCAAUGUAUGUAGGUUUUUACUCUGCACAGAGCAAGAAAAACAACACAACAGAAGUGUUUCUUCUCUUAGGUUCCUAGCUUACCCAUGAACGUGUCACAAUGUCCUCAAACCAACCUGACCACUUCUGGUUUUUUCAAGGUUUUCUGAAUUUAGAAAGCCAAUGUUCUAGUAAAUUUGUGUGUUACCAGUUAUCAUAACUUGAGUCUUGUGCGCUCUUCUUUAAAUCUCAGCUUCUUACUAUGGCAUUAAAUCUUAGUUUCUAUCACAGUAAUUACCAUAAGUUCCUAGCCCCUGUGAUUUCAGAAAAAAAGGUAACUUGAAGGCAGAGAAACCAGAAAACAAGCAAGAGAUCCCACAUUUAACUGUUUUCUUAAAGGAAAAAGAAACCCAACAAAAAAACACUUGUGCUUUUUAAGACUCUUCUGAGCACAUGACACAAUUUCUGACUGCUUGGGUUGUUAUAUAAUAGUACAACAUAGUGUGCCACUCAAAAGUGCAGGUCUGCUCUGUUUAGCUGCAACUGGUUUAUGUAAAGACAUAUAUAUACAGGAGGGCUACUUUCUCCCACUGGAGUCAGUCAAAUGCCCCACAAUCUAAAUCAGCCAGAACUUCACAAACAUUUGAGGGAUUCUCCAUGAGAAGCACAGAGAAUCACAGAGAAUGCUGCGAAAACUUGGGUGCAGGGAUGCUCAUGGAAAAGGAAUUUAAAAGGACCAAUGUUUUAGUUCAUUUACAUGGCUGAACUCUGUAAAUAAAACAGCUCUAUAAAGUUUGCUCAUUCUUAUCCACCAACCUUUGGGAAAUGCAGAGGUCUUGCAUUUAAUAUGCUGUGGGGAAGAUAACACUUGCCCAACCGCUUUCAAGUGUGACGGCAAAUGAGGUGGGGAAACAGUGAAAUCUCAGUGUUUUUAACGGCUGCAGUACUUCCCAGAUUUACAAGCUGAACAAAUGUGGAGCAAGAAGUUAAGCAGCUCAUCAGAAAUCUGGUACAGGACUUUUAUAAAGCUGACUACAUGUAUUUUAUUAAAUCUUUCAUAUCCUUCUAAAUGCCAGUCAUUGAUAGAAAUGUUUGCUUAAAAGAAAGAAACCAGGGUACAAUGUUUUUAAGUGCACAGUUAAAAGAAAUAUUAAACUGCCAACAGGACUGGAAUACUGUGGCUGUGUUGCAGUUAUCUCAUAUUCUGUUGUCCCUCUUAAAUGUUUAGCCUAAUAUAAUACUGCUUGUCAUAAACAUAAUAAAUCAGUAUCAUAAAGCAUCCAGGAUGUGUAAUGUGACUAAGUCAGAAGACUGUUAGAAACUCUCCUUUCACAUUUCCUGAUUUUUAAUUUUUUCCUCUCUCUUCUCUUUUGCACUUAGCCUUUGAAGCUUUUGAACUAGCUUUCACAAAACCCACAAAGGUGGUGACUAGAGGCAGAAGUCAUCACUAAGUGAUAAAACAAAAUACACGGAAACAAAUUGUGAAUUGCAGUAAGUAAAAAGAUUUUUAACAAUAAAAUAUUUUUAAGGCUACUUAACAGCCCUGUAAGAUAAAAAAAAUUCAACGCUACCAACAAAAGAAAAGAGUCAGGAAAUACAUAUCUCUGAGCUGACUUUUUAAGAAGUAAAAUAAGAUAGUAACAACUGGCAUGCAAAUUAUUAUACUUUCUCACACACACACCCCCCCACACACCCCUUAUUAUACAACAAACCCUGUAUCAUUUUACUGGGCAGCAGUGUUUCAAAUUAAGUUUUAAGAGUUUGGUCCUGUGUUCCCUUCUCCCAUCUUUUCCAGGGAAGGAAUAACCUGGCACACAAGUCUGUACUGUAACUGACAGAGGGAAAAGUCUCUCAUAAACAAAAAGCCUUGCAGCAAUAGUCCCUGCAUCAUUUUGAUCACCAUCGAAAAGACUUUUACGUUUCAUUGAAGCUACGAAUUGUCUUCUAGGCAAUCAGAUGCAGAUCACUGCUGGAAUAACAGUGAGGCAUUUUACAGAUCUAUGAAAAGUUACUUUUAUUCUAGUUAGGGAGUGCACUAAGAAAAAGGAGUUGCUGCUCCCUACCUAAGAAGAGGACACAGUGAAUUCUAGGGCGAAUGGCUACACCCAUGCAGACCUGUUAAAAGGCUUCAAAGGGAGGACACCUAUACCAGCUAAUGUAAUUCAUGAAAAACGGAGAGAAAUAAAUGGGCAAAAAGCCUGAAGACUCAACUACUGUCCUGACAGCAGGGGAAGAAAUUGUAAACUGAACAGUGGAAGAAGUAUUCCUCUGAUGUAAAUGCAGCACUGUAUCUUUUCACACCUCUGUAUUUUCUAAAGAUCUGUAAAUGGGGAUGAUUAUUUUGGAUGUUACAAAUAAAUCCUGGUACUUGCAUUUUUUAUUAAACUUUGCUGUCAUGCCAUUUAAUGUAGGCAGCGAAACAAAAACAUACCUCACCCAAGGGCAGUGCAAACCUAGAAAGCUAGGCAUGGCCGUCUUGCCCAACUCGCCAGCCAGUUCCCUACCGUACCCACAGGCUAACAGAGCAAGCCCUCAUCGGAGCAGGGGGAAAGCUGGCACUACAGGGUCAGUGGAGGCAAAAGUGUCCUUCAGCAAUUGCUGGUGACACUGUGUACUCUCUGGCACACAGUAAGAUACUGGGAUAGGUGCCUGGGCUACAAGGGGGGCAUCCCAGAGACACAGACUAGUUUUUUACUCUCCCCUCCCUUCACUGAAUGCAUUUUUUUUCCUCCCCCACUACCUUUUCUAAAAGAUUUUGUUUUUCUUCCUCCAUGUGACAGCCUUUUCUCCCCUCAUCUAACAGCCAAACUUCUUUUUCAGGCUUACAAACGCAUGAAGAGCACCAACUGUGUUUUCAGACUUUUCAGUGUUUGAAAAUCAGGACAGUGUCAGUUCAAAUUUUAAUCUUACUUGCAGUGACCCUGAAAAACUACUGUCUCAGUAGUGUCUUCUCAAUCUCUUAUC